ACACGUUAGCGCAGCGUUUUCCGAACUCGGUCCUCGGGACCCCAAGGGGUGCACGUUUUGUUUUUUGCCCUAACACUACACAGUUGAUUCAAAUAAUCAAAGCUAGAUGAUUAGUUGAUUCUUUUUAAUCAGCUGUGCAAAACGUGCACCGAGUUUGGUAAACCCUGCAUUAGCAAGACAUACUUAUUGACAAAACGUAUAACAUGUUAGAUGAGAAAUUCAUUUUUUAAAAUGUCAAUAAUAAAUGCUCAUGGUGUCAAUAAUAGAAUUUAAGGUAUCAAGCUAUAGUAAUAGAUAAAGUAGCCUGAAUUGCGCUUUCCUUAUUCCAAGAUUGUAAUGAAUUACUCCAUAUUUCAUGCUGCACCUGAUUAAUGUUACAUUGUAAUAUUGUCCACAAUAUCAUCACGAUCCGCGAUCUUUCUUUCCACUGAUGUGCAUAGGUCCUGAAUUAAAUGCAGUGUCUAAAGUUAGAACUGUGAGAGUGAAGUUUCUGGUGGAAAUUGUCCAUCCAAAGAUAACCUGCUGAAAAUCCAAGACUCUGGAAUGGAGAACAAAACCAAUGGAUCAGUGGAAGCCAAGCCUAAGGUGGAGAAUGGACAGCUGCCGGAUCCUGCUGACUGGGCGGUAACUGAUGUCGUUAACUAUUUCAAAGCUGCAGGAUUUGAAGAGCAGGCUACUGCUUUCCAGGACCAGGAAAUCGAUGGAAAGUCUUUGCUUCUGAUGACACGGAACGAUGUCCUGACAGGCCUGUCCAUCAAACUGGGGCCAGCACUGAAGAUCUAUGAGUACCAUGUGAAGCCACUCCAGACCCAGCAUCUGAAGAGUAAUGCUAAUGCAUCAUAGCAUCACCCCAUGCUCUUCCAUGUGCAACAGGACAGUCAUCUAUGGAGGAGGGUUGAGAGGCUGGACGGACAGACCAGGCUGAAGACGUUUAUGGACAGCAGAAGAUGGUGCUUAGAAAACUUAUUUGCAUCCUUAUGCAAUGUCAAUGUACUUUUACUUGAAGUGAUGACGAUGCCAAAUGGUUUACGCCGUGAAAUUAAUUUACAAAAGACAUGGCAGUGAUCAUACGGUUUUUAGUUAACUGAGUGAUAUUGGUUUAUGAAAGUAAGGACUUGAUUCCUUUAUUUGAAUAAAAUUAUUUUACAGGUCUUAAA